CUGAGCGGGGAGUGAGUGACACAGGAGCUGUGGGGCGCCAGGUCUGCAGUGGAUGUGCAUGGCAGUGGCCGGGGAGGACAGCUCAGCAGAGGAAGCCUGUGGCGGGCGCGGGGCGGGCGGAGCGGAGACAUUGGCAGGAGUUCCUAGCAGACGUAAACACCAGUGACGGGAUGACCCAGGACGAGGGCGCGCAGCAGGGGACUGAGAGCCCCGGGGGGCCCCCGCCUGUGCCCGCCGAGGAGCCCGGCAUGAUCAGUGUGGAUGUCGCAGGACUCUUCUACCAGUUCGCCAAGACUUUCGUGCUGAUCUUCCCCGUCUACGUGCUGGGCUACUUCGGGCUGAGCUUCAGCUGGCUGCUCAUCGCCCUGGUCUUCCUUCUGUGGUUCAAGAAGAAUAAAGGGAAUAAAAGUUCCCGUCUGUCCCGGGCGCUGGCGUUCCUGGAGGAGGAGGAGAAGGUGGUCAAGCACCACAUCAGCUCUGCCGACCUACCUGCCUGGGUCCAUUUCCCUGACAAUGAAAGAGCUGAAUGGCUGAACAAGACCGUGAAACACAUGUGGCCCUUCAUCUGCCAAUUCAUAGACAAGCUGUUCAGAGAGACCAUAGAGCCAGCGGUCAGAGGGGCCAAUGCCCAUCUCAGCACAUUCUGUUUUACCAAGAUUGACAUGGGCACUCAGCCCCUGAGGGUGAACGGUGUCAAAGUCUACACGGAGAACGUUGACAAGAGGCAGGUUAUACUGGAUCUCCAGAUAAGUUUUGUAGGAAACACAGAAAUUGAUUUGGAAGUUAAAAGAUAUUUCUGCAGAGCGGGUGUGAAAAGUAUCCAGCUCCACGGUACGGUGAGGGUAAUUCUGGAGCCUUUGCUUGGCGACGUACCAAUAAUUGGGGCACUUUCUUUAUUUUUUCUGAAGAAGCCGCUCCUUGAUAUCAACUGGACAGGACUUACAAAUAUGUUGGAUAUUCCCGGUCUGAAUGGAAUCUGCGACACUAUAAUUUUGGAUAUUAUAUCCAACUAUUUGGUUCUUCCGAAUCGCAUCACUAUUCCGCUUGUAAGUGACCUGCAGAUUGCUCAGCUUCGCUUCCCUAUUCCCAAGGGGGUUUUGCGGAUACAUUUUAUAGAAGCCCAGGAUUUGAUGUGGAAGGACACGUACAUGAAAGGCCUUGUGAAGGGGAAGUCUGACCCUUAUGGCGUCCUCAGGAUCGGCAAUCAGGUGUUCCAGAGUAAAGUCAUCAAAGAGAAUCUGAACCCCAAGUGGAAUGAAGUAUAUGAGGCUUUAAUUUAUGAGCACCCAGGCUCUGAACUUGAGGUAGAACUCUUUGAUGAGGAUACUGAUAAAGAUGAUUUCUUGGGGAACCUUGUGAUCGAUCUGACUGAAGUAGAGAAGGAACGAGUGGUAGAUGAGUGGUUCACACUCGAUGAAGCAACAACUGGCAGACUUCAUUUAAAGCUUGAGUGGCUUUCUCCAAAGUCCACCACCGAGAACCUGGACAAGGUCCUGACCAGCAUUAAAGCUGACAAGGACCAGGCAGACGAUGGCCUCUCUGCGGCUCUGCUUAUACUGUACCUGGAUUCAGCCAGAAAUUUGCCUAGUAAUCCAUUAGACCUUAACCGGGAUGGCAUGAAGAAGUCUGCUGUUGACAAAGCUAAAAAGAUGAUCCUAACCCACGACCAAGAGGUCUCACCAGGACGGAACACUUCAGGAAAGAAGAUGGGCAGCACGCCUAAUCCCUACGUGCUCUUUUCUCUGGGUCAUAAUGUGCAAGAAAGCAAGGUAAAACACAAGACUAUUGAGCCCAUAUGGGAACAGACGUUUACUUUCUUUGUCCAUAAUCCUAAGAGGCAGAACCUGGAAGUGGAGGUUAAGGAUGAAUACCAUCAAAGUUCCAUGGGAAACGUGAAGAUCCCCUUGAGUCAGCUCCUGACCAGCGAAGAUCUGACCAUUAAACAAAGGUUUCAGCUGAACAACUCUGGGCCGAACAGCGUCCUAAGCAUGAAGAUUGCCCUGAGGAUCCUGUAUGUGGAUAGACCAGUGCGGUCUCCUGAUGAACAGCAUACAUCUCAAGUCAAGAGACCAUCCAUAUUCAAGGGGAAAUCGCCUCCACCAGUGCCGACCACAUCGUCACCUGUAACAGAAGCACAGAAGCCUCCACCCACGCCUAAGAUGGAGCCUAAUAAAAAGAUUGAAAAUGGGGAGAAAGAAAGCCCCCAAAACCCUGGUCCCCAGAGACCAACUGAGCUGCACAAAAGCUCCUCCAGCCUCUCAGGUUCCAGUUUUACAUAUUCUCCUUCACACCUGUCUAUGAAGGAGCCCACACCCAGCAUCGCCUCAGAUAUAUCUUUGCCCAUAGCCACCCAGGAGCUCCGGCAGCGAUUGCGGCAGCUUCAGAACGGGACCUCCUUGGGACAGUCUCCUCUAGGACAGAUCCAAUUAACUCUUCGACACAGCUCUCACAGAAACAGGCUGAUGGUUGUGGUACAUUCCUGCAGAAACCUUAUAGCAUUCUCUGAAGAAGGGUCUGAUCCAUACGUAAGAAUGUAUUUAUUACCAGACAAGCGGAGAUCAGGAAGAAGAAAAACCCACGUGUAUAAGAAGACGCUGAAUCCAGUCUUUGAUCAGACGUUUGAGUUUAAUGUGUCCCUGCCUGAUCUGCAGAGGAGAACACUAGAUGUUGCUGUAAAGAAUAGCGGAGGGUUUUUGUCUAGAGACAAAGGUUUGCUUGGAAAGUUAUUACUCGAUCUCAGUUCAGAAGACGUUGCCAAAGGAUGUACACAAUGGUAUGAUUUAACUGAGGAUGGAGCAAGGACGUCAGUCUCAAACUAACCCAUCAAAGGCGUCACACAGCACCUUUUAUCUACAGCCACAUAUGAUGAAUGCAUUGCGCUCACGGGAUUUAUCAUUAUAUUUUUUUAUUUUAUUACCCAACUUCACACUCAUUUUUAACUCCUUUUUACAUUGUUUUUGCAGACUUUGGUAAACCCUGUUAUUGAGUUUUAUUAGCUGUUCAGCUUUACCUUUUGUCUAAUAAUGUGCAAUAGGGUGUUUUAACUGCAUUAAACUAUAAAAGAUGUUUAUCCUUUUAUAAACCGGGAAAUAUGUCUUUUUGCUUACUGCAGGUGGAGUUUUGUACUUUGCCUAUGUGCACCGUGUAAAUAUGUACUAUUAUUAUAUUUUAUAUUUUUCUUUAUUGGUUCAAUAUCCGUUUGCAUUUUUAGUUAUACUGACAAUCCAGUUUCAUAGGGCCUAGCAGUGGCAACGUCUCAAGCCUACGGAUUAGCGGAAACUCUUCAUUGCUCUGAAUUGGUGAUCCUUUUAGAUGUGGGGAUUACAACGGCGGUACGGUGUUUAUUCUGCUGUUUCCAUGUUCAAAUAAUUGAUCCUGUCCUUUGCAAGAAUCUUGCUUUAAUCAAAUAUUCGUACCGUGGCUGUAAGCAGCUGAAAUAAUGAGAAUUUCCAACGUUAAAUUGGCAACGAGAAAGCAGCGAUUACCCCGGAUGGCUAAAAUGCCCGGAUUAAAUUGAAUGUUUCCAAUAUAACUGAACCAUGAUCCAUGCAAAUGAUUUAAAGGGCAGAUGUUGCCAUUACUCAACUAAAGGAAUUAUUUUUGCUUUUUGCAUUAUUUUAUAAUUUAGCAUUCCAGAAAAUGUAUAUUAAACCCACAAAACUGCUAAGUGGACAUUUCCCGUUCAUCUGCCAUGGGUUUUAGUCCUCUUUUAUCAGAAUAUGUAAUGUAUGCUAGGAUGCAGCCAUAUACAAUAUUUUAAGUGAAUCUGUAAGUGCAUUAAUUGUAUUUUUCUAGGACCUCUAUCUGUCUAGAUUAGGGGAAAAAUAGGAUUCCAAUGUGACCCUAUUCUCUAGGGUAAUGAUGCGUUAUAUAGCAUGCUGAAAGUGCAAUAUGUAUGCUGGAGAGCUGCCAGAUGUGAAUGAUACCAGUCUUUCAUGGCAUCUGUAACAUUUACUGUCAGCCGUGGUACAUAGGGAUAUAUAGGAUUUUACUGUUCUGAUAUGACAAUGUGGGCAACAGUGGGGCCUCAUAAUGCCGUCUGUUCAGCAUGGUCACAUUAUGAAAAGUCUCUUAAAGAUUAUGUAAUAGAAGAACUGAUAGCAAGCCAGUGGAGCCGAGAACCUGGAGGUAACAUCUCCGACCAAAAGUAUCAAUGAGACAUUA